AUGAAAGGCUUGGGGUUGCUUCUCGGUUGCCUGCUUUGCAUCUUCAAAAAGGGUUUGCAGUUCAAUGGCUGGUCCAUUAAGGUUCCAUCAGAUGCUACCGGUGAAAUUGGAAAGAGCAUUGUUCUGCCCUGUACCUUCACACACCCCCAUAAAACCUUUGACCGGACUCUCACAGCCAUUUGGAGGAUCAAAGAGCCUUACAACGGGACAGUGGUUUUCAAGUGUGUGGCUCACAGUUCAAGUGAACUCUGUAAAACUGCAACCAGCUACAAGAACAGGUACAAACUGCUUGGGAACCCAAGGCACAACAACCUUUCCAUCAAGAUUGACAAUCUGACGUGGAGCGACAGCAACAGAUAUUUCUGCCGGGUAGAGUUUUCUGGAGAUCUUCAUGAUAAGUAUGAAGGCAGAACUGGGAUCAGGCUCCAUCUGAUCGCUGCCCCCAGGAUCAUUAACAUCACAGUAAGCUCCAACGAGGAUCAUACCUUCAAAGCCCGCUGCACAGCUGAUGGGGAACCACUGCCCUCUCUGACCUGGACCGGCCCUCUGUCCAGCAAUUCCUCCUCCGUCACAAGCAUGAACCACCAGAUAACCAAAGAGCUGCACCACCUGACUCACGAUGGAAAAUACGUAUGCACAGCGGAGAACAGCCACGGGAGGGCGGAGGGGGCAGUGUACUUCUAUAAAUUCAAAGGAGCAAAUAGCAACUCGAUUCUGAUCCUGAUUUGUAUUGCGCUAGGAGUCAAGGCGCUCAUGCUGCUGGCAAUAGCAGGGAUUGGUCUUCUGUGGAAAGGAGAUUGCUUCAGUGGUCCGGGCAGUCUGUCUCGGCAACCAAUUCAGGAUUCUACAUAUGAAAAUCUCGAUCGCAGGAACAACGGUGGGGGCAGCCAGAGUUUGCCAACGCACUGA